ACAGGUAGGGACCGUUGCAAGAAAAGGAAAACAGAGAAACGGAACGAGACAGGAAUGAACAUCACUCAGUCAUCGCCUUCCGAUUCUUUAUUCUUUACAUAGAUGACCACCAGUAACUCGUUUAUGGUUAAACGAGGAUGAGAGAGCUAAACUUUCUCUCACUCUCUCUCUCUCUCUCUCUCCCUCUCUCGUUUCCUCUCAUCUCCUCUGAUCUGGUGCUCCUAUAUAACCUCUGAGACGGACCCUCUCCCUGUCACACACUCACGUCUGGUGGUUUGGAAGCAAGUGUCUGCUCUUCAGCGUGAUAUGGAUUAACAUAUACUUGAGGUUUAAGGUUCUUUUUUUUUAAAAACUUUUAAGCCAUUCUAUCCAGCUGUGUUGGCUGGAAAACCUUCAGACUCAACAGACAAACUCAAGGGAUAGAAGAUCGGCAAUCAGGAGCCAGGCGAUCAUGACGAAACAAUCAGCUGUCAUCUUACAGGUGACCUUGAUGCUGCUACUGCAACGCAUAGAUGCAAAGAUUGAGAUUAUUACCAGAAAGCAGGAGGUUCAUGUGGGCGAAGAGACCCUACUGUUGUGUAAAGCUGGUGGAGAAGGAGAAAUAACGUGGCGGAAGGACAGUGAAGACAUCGACGAUGAAGAAAGGGUGUCAAAGGUGGAUGAGACUUCUUCCACAUUGGUCAUUAAGAAAGCCACGAUGCAGGAUGCUGGCAAAUAUGUCUGUGUGUGCAUGUUCGACAGCGGACACACAGAUGAAGUCGCGACACAGCUGUUUGUUUAUGAGGGUCCAUCGUUUGGCAGCACUCAGAUCCACCAUGAGUUUCUGGAGGGCACAAGGGGAGUGAUGCCGUGCCUGGUGACCGGCCAGCCAGCCGUAGAUGUUCACUGGCUCAAAGACAAGAAAGACAUCUCCUCUGACGCAGGACAGCGUGUGCGUCGACUGCCUGAUCGCACAGUCGUCUUUGACCCUGUGAAGAGAGAGGAUGCUGGGACGUACGAGUGUCAGGCUCGGAUCAGAGGAAGGGACAUCGAGAAGCUGCUCCGCGUCUCCGUUGUUGUCAAUGCUCCUCCUUCUGUACAUCUGAGAGAAGAGGAGAAAAAAGUGAUGGCAGAUAGCAAAGUUUCCCUGCUGUGUUUAGUGGACGGUCAUCCAAAACCCAACAUCACCUGGCUCAUGCCGGUGGCGUUUGACCCUUCGCGUCAUCAGUUUAACUCAGACCGCAGCGAGUUGACUAUGAUGUCUGUUACUAGGGCAGACUACGGCGAGUACGUCUGCACCGCCACCAACAAGAUAGCCGAGAGCAGCGCCACCAUUAUGCUUCAUGUUUACGAGGCCCCGGAGGUGUUUGUGUCAGCAGAGCAGCAGAGUGUUGCAGUGGGCCAGAGAGUGUCUGUGUCCUGUAACGUCUCCGGGCAUCCUCAGCCGGAGCUACACUGGCUCAACAAGCACAGCGGACGCACACUGAACUCCACCUCAUUUCCUGUCCACGUUGUUGAUGACGCAUUGGUGAUUGAUGAGGUAGUCCCCUCUGACGGUGGAAUGUAUUCCUGCAUGGCUGUCAGCAUCGCUGGAAAUGCAUCAAGAGACGUUGCAAUACACACCCAGCCUGGUCCACCAAACUACCUGUCAGUCUCUCCUGGCCCAUCCUCUGUCCUCUUCUCCCUCAAAACCCCACCCAUCAGUGGAGGAACACCAAUCACAAGCUUCGUCCUGCAGUGGAGGCAAAGUGCCACGGAACAGUGGAAGGAGAUCACGGUCCCGGCUUCAGCUCCUCUAGCCAUCACCCCCCUGAAGCCGUACACAAUGUACACAGUGCGUUUGGCUGCCUUGAAUGCUGUGGGAGUGGGAAAGUUUUCCGACGGAAAAAACGUCCGCACCCAGGCAUUCCGAGGUGAACCAGACAGCCCAGUUGUGUUGUCCAAUGAGAUGAAAGUAGAAGGAAACUCCUUCUCCGUCCCUCUUAAGCAGAGCGAUGAUGGUGGAACUCCCAUGCUGCACUUUGACGUACGAUACAGACAGGAUAAAGAGGGAACUGAGUGGAAAGAGAUGCAGCUGCCGUCCAAUGCUGACUCUGUCUCCCUUCAAGAGCUGUCCUACGGCUCAGACUAUAAACUGGAAGUUGUAUCCGUCAACCGUAACGGUUCCUCCAUCCCUGCAACGUUCAACUUCACCAUUGCAGAUCAACCUGUGAGCAGCAUGACCAAAGGCAACGUGGUUGCCAUCGUCAUGGUGAUCUUCCUGGUGGUAUUCUUGGUGAUAGACGCCACCUGCUGCUACAGAAAUCACUGCGGCCUGCUGAUGUCCAUCGCCGUGAAGAUCUUUGGACAGAAAGUCCCGGGCCUCCAAAUGCUUGAAGUAGGAGAAGGAACCAACGGAGAAGUGAAGAUGAAGGGUAUCUCCACUCCGAGAGGCAGUGUGCAACAUUCAGAUGCAAAGGAGCAGACGCUCGCUAAUGACGGGGGCCGGCUCACUGAGAUCACAUGCGACAAAGCGCCUCUUACCAAACACGAGAAAAAACCGGCGGGCAGAGACACGCACACUGCCAACGCAUGAGGCCAGAAACCGGAGAAACAAAACAGAAGCAGCGUGAGAAGGCGAGGAUGAGGUGCAGAUAACAAGAGCAGAUAUCACACAACCACUUGGUAUUAAUGACUGAGUGAGAUCCGGCAGCGAUCUCUACAUUUAAUACAACUCCUAUGGGAAAGACUUCUGUGCUGUUGGAGUGAGAGGAUGGCGGGAUCGGAUUCUCACAUCGUUCAGUUCACAUGAAGACUGACACGGGCUACUGGCAGGAGAUGAUGUGAAUGCUCUAAUUGGAUUGGUUCAAAUGGCAAAGUCUCAUUUUACAGGGUAACAGGGUAAUAGUUUUACUAUUUGUCAUUGUAUCGUGAUAUUCUGUGUCAUGCAUUGGAAAUUUUUCUUUGUUAAUGAUUAUUUUCCAUAUUUAUAGUUUAAUUGUUCUUCACUUUGUAUCAACAUGCAUUGAGGCUGCUCUUCCAAUGAUUAUGUUUGAGUAAACAUAUUAUUUUACACAAUUCAGAAUUAACUUAAACUACCUAAGCUAUUUUACAUUAUUUUCAUGCACUAGUAUUUCUUAAAUUUAAACCAUACAUGACAGAUUUCCAAUCAUUAUAUAUCAUGAGAGGCUUUAAACUUGAAGCCAUAUUUUACUUGCUAAAUAACACUGGCCACGUAAGGAACCUGUAACUAAAAGCAGCUUUUACUGCCUGCACUAAUAUCUGACAUGUAAACAAUAUUUCAACCUGACAAAAUCUAUUUACUCUGUAAAUUGUUAUUUUGUUUGGCCAUUACAUUCACGGUGACAUACGGUGUGUGAAAAUGUCUCAAGGCAAAUAUUUGACGUGGAGCUUUUUUGAUUUGAGCUACUUAAUUAUAACAUAAUUAAGUAAUGUUUUUCAAAUUGCCUCACAAUGUAAAUAAAGUGUUUUGAAAUUGAUGUAAUGUAAUAUUGCAUUGAGCACUGUCUACUGUACAUACACAUGUCGUUACAUCUUUACGUUUGAUAAAAACAUGGACUGUAAAA